AUGACGCCAUCCGACUCGGAACCGACAAAUUCGGCCCUGCUGCCCGGACCGGACAGCCUGCCUGCCCGUCGCAUCCUGGCCGUUGUCACGACCGGUGGCUUCACGCAUGCAGCGACUUGUCCGCCCCGAUCUGCCAACCCGGCCCCCGACCUUAUCCUGGCCGACUUCUUUGCCGAGGCUGCUGCCAAGGACAUGAUGGUCCAGUUCGGCAUCCCGGUCGCCCGCGCCAUCCUUAACCACCCCCACUGCCGCCUCUAUCUUACCCACGGCGGCGGGUCGUCGGCCAAUGAGGCCUUCUUCCACGGAACGCCCGUCCUUACGCUCGGGUUUUUCUUCGACCAGCUUUGUUAUAGCGCCCGUCUGGCAGCCGCCGGCGUUGGUCUCCAGCUAAACAAGACCGACUUUAGUUCCCAGGAGAUCUGCGACAAAGUCGGCCUGAUUUUUAACGACGUCGUAGACGUGGACGGCAACUCGCAUAGUGCUAUCACCCGCAAUAUGGAACGCAUGAGGCUCAUUGCCCGAGUCGCAUCCCACAGGAAGCACCUCGCGGCCGACCUUAUUGAAGAGGUGCUUUACGACACAGAACUACGUGUUGAUGUCAAUGGCCACCAGCUGCGGCCUAUGCACCUGCAGAUGGCCGACAGCCGCAUGUCUGUCUGGCGGGCCAAAAAUUGGGAUCUCUGGUUACUAGGUGGCUGUGCCGUCGUUUUGCCUCUAGGCCUUGUCUUUGCUAUCGAUGGUGUCCGCGCCAGAAAAGGUGACGUGCAUUCCGGCCUAAUGGCUACUUGCUUGGGAAGGAGCGACUCUGUCGGCAUGACCCUGUUUGCCAGGAAACCUACGGUGUAG